AUGAGCUUUCCCAACCUGGGAGUACCUUUCCUUAUCCCCAUGUCAACCACAGCAUACCUCAUCCUUUUGAUGUCUAGUACUGUCGAGACCAUCCUCAGUCAUGACAGCAGAGAAGGUUUUCACACAGUACAUCAUCUCAACCCCAAGGCCAACUACGGGCAGAUGCUCACCGUCUGGGACGUGGUGAUGGGCACAUACCAAAACCCCCUGGGUUGUUUUCGGGGAGGGCCUGUGGGACCCCUGAGAAUCACGCGAAAGAGCCGGCUGGUUUAUGAGCUCUGGAAGCGUGUCGGGAGAGACAACAUUUACAAAUACAUUGAUGACGCAUGGGGAAUAGGAGGGAUUGGGUCAGUUUCGGUCAAUGCGGACGGCGUUUUCGAGGUGAAUACGCCGUGGUAG